GGCUGUUCAGAGGCGUAGCGGGCGGCGUGGAACUGGGCUGCGCGGCGGCUCCUUUAAGCCCCCAGCACCACCCUCCACCCCGCCCCCGGCGCCGCCUGGGUCUGUGUGGCUGGCGGCGGGGUCGGGUCCGCGCGGACCACGAUGGAGCUGCACAUCCUAGAGCACCGGGUGCGGGUGUUGAGCCUCGCCCGCUCCGGUCUCUGGCUCUACACCCACCCGCUCAUCAAGCUGCUAUUCCUGCCCCGCCGAAGCCGGUGCAAGUUCUUCAGCCUGACGGAGACUCCCGAGGAUUACACGCUCAUGGUGGACGAGGAGGGCUUCAAAGAGCUGCCCCCAUCUGAGUUCCUGCAAGUGGCCGAGGCCACGUGGCUGGUGAUGAAUGUGUCAUCCCACAGCGGUGCAGCGGUGCAAGCUGCUGGGGUCACCAAGAUUGCUCGCUCGGUCAUCGCGCCGCUGGCCGAGCACCACGUGUCCGUGCUGAUGCUGUCCACUUACCAGACGGACUUCAUCCUGGUGCGGGAGCAGGACCUGUCUGUGGUGAUCCACACGUUGUCCCAGGAGUUCGACAUUUACCGAGAGGUGGGCGGGGAGCCAGUGCCUGUUGCCAGGGAUGAUUCCAGCAAUGGCUUUCCCCGUGCUCAGCAUGGGCCCAACCCUACAGUGCAUCCCAUCCAGAGCCCUCAGAACCGCUUCUGUGUCCUCACACUGGACCCCGAAACACUGCCAGCCAUUGCCACCACCCUCAUUGACGUCCUCUUCUACUCCCACAGUGUCCCCAAAGAGGCAGCCUCUGGUGAUCCUGGACCUGGCUCCAUCACGUUCUUUGCCUUCUCCCUCAUCGAGGGCUACAUCUCCAUCGUCAUGGAUGCGGAGACACAGAAAAAGUUCCCCAGUGACCUCCUGCUGACCAGCUCCACAGGAGAGCUGUGGAGGAUGGUGCGCAUCGGGGGACAGCCUCUGGGUUUCGAUGAAUGCGGGAUCGUGGCCCAGAUCGCAGGUCCCUUGGCUGCGGCCGACAUCUCUGCCUACUACAUCAGCACCUUCAACUUUGACCACGCCCUGGUGCCUGAGGACGGCAUUGGCAGCGUCAUUGAGGUCCUCCAGCGGCGGCAGGAGGGCCUGGGCUCCUGAGGCCGGAGGGGAGCAGCAGUCUCUGUGCUCUCUCCUUGUCCCCAGGCUUCCAGAGACUUCUCUAAGCUACUCCUCAAGCUCUGGAGUGAGCCCACUUCCCUCUCCUCCCUCCCUCAUUCAUACAGGAGGACCCCCUCCUUCUGUGUUCUGUAUGUAAGCUACGUGCAGGCACCGGCUCUCACAUGGACACGCGUGUCUGCCCACACGGGAACACGGUGCUCUGGGCUUCCACGAGGAAGCCCUCAACCCAUCACUCCCUGCACAGCCUCCGGCGUUUGCACAUUCCCUGCCUGAGGCUCGAGUCGCCCCCCCUUCUCAGAACCCCGGGCCGGCUGCUUCCUGGACAGGGCCCCGAUCUCCGUUCUGCCUCUGGCUGGGCUGUCUUCCCUGGCCAGGUGAGUUCCGACAGUGCCUCCCUGUCUUGGGGCCUCCAAGGAAAGUAUUUUUACAUCUCUCUCUUCUUUAAAAAAAAAAAAAAAAUCCAACUUGUUAAUAAAGGGCUUGCAGUGACCAGGCUGGGCUGUGGUCUUU